ACAGUUUGUAAGCGGAGGAGAAGGAGGCGUGUGACGCUCCGCUCUCCAUCGUCCUUAUCUGACCGAAACAACCCCAGUGUGUGUUGGCGGCCACAUAAACAGCAGCCGUGCCCCGCCGCGCCCCCACCCCCAGCGGAGCCGUCAUGUGGCAGGAGGCCCGCAAACAUGAGCGCAAGCUCCGUGGAAUGAUGGUAGACUACAAGCGCCGAGGCGAGCGACGGCGAGAGUACUACGAGAAGAUAAAAAAAGAUCCAGCUCAGUUUCUCCAGGUUCAUGGCCGAGCAUACAAGAUCCAUCUGGAUCCUGCUGUUGCGCUGGCUGCAGAGAGCCCCAUCAACAUGAUGCCAUGGCAAGGAGAUGCCAACAACAUGAUUGACAGGUUUGAUGUAAGGGCUCACCUGGACUACAUCCCCACCUACACGCCCCCACUGCUCAGCACAUCCACCCCAGAGCAGGAGAUGGAGGAGAGGAAGUGUAACUAUGAGCGCUACAGAGGCCUAGUGCAGAAUGACUUUGCCAACAUCUCAGAGGAGCAGUGUUUAUAUCAGAUCUACCUGGACGAGCUGUACGGUGGCCUGCAGAAACCAAAUGAGGAAGAGAAGAAGAAGCUGGCUGAGAAAAAGGCUACCAUUGGUUACACCUAUGAAGACAGCACUGUGACAGAGCCCGAACCCCAGUCAGACAAGGAUGAAGAGAAUUCAGAGAACAGUGAAUCUGAAGAGGAUGAGGGCAUCCCAGAUAUUGAUGUGGAGGUUGAUGUUGAUGAGCUGAACCAGGAACAGGUGUUGGACCUAAACAAGAUGGCGACCCCAUAUGGAAUGGCUGAAGGAGACUUUGUCAGGAUGUUGAGGAAAGACAAGGAGGAAGUGGAGGCCAUCAAACAUGCCAAGGCUCUGGAGGCAGAGAAGGCCAUGUACUCUGGCCGGCGUUCUCGCAGACAGAGGAGAGAGUUCAGGGAGAAGAGGCUAAAAGGUAGACAGAUCAGCCCACCAAGCUAUGCCAGGAGAGACAGCCCAACGUACGAUCCCUAUAAACGGCCAGAGUCAGAAUCCAGCUCUGAGUCGCGGUCACGCUCUCGGUCUCCAGGUCCAGAGAAGAUCACCUUCAUCACCAGCUUCGGUGGCAGUGACGACGAAGCUGCGGCAGCAACUCAAACAACCGCUCCUCACUCUGGCCACGCCCCCUCCAACUUGCAGCACCCUGCAGGUCAUAGCAGGGGCUCCCGGAGACGAAGGUCGUCCUCCAGUCGCUCCCCUUCCUCCUCCUCCCGCUCCUCAUCUCGGUCCUCUUCUCGCUCAUCUUCCCGUUCACGUCGAGCCCGACGGGGGAGGGGGGGAAGGGACGGGCGUCGCUCCCGAAGCCGCUCGCGGUCGAGACGGCGUUCCAGAUCUCACUCCAGAGGUAGAGGAGGGAACGGAGGAGGUGGAUCCUGGAGGAGACGUGACUGGACACGAUCGCGGUCCAAUGACCGAAGUAGAGAGCGGGAGAGGGAUAGAGACAGAGAUAGGGACAGGAGACGAUACUCAGCACGCAGACGAACAAGGUCCCGUUCCAGCUCACGGCAGGGGGGCAGUUCUAGGCGAGGGGGCCGGAGCAGUGGAGGCCACCGGCGGGGAGACAGCGGCAGCCGCAGUCCUUCUCAGUCCCCUGGCCGCCCAAACCAUAGUCCCUCUCCUGCUCACAGAGGGUCCCAGCCCUCUACUGCCACUGUCUCUGACAAGCUAAGAAAGCCUGAUACUGCGGGUGGUAAAGAGACGGGAGCUGCCAAACCCAAGAUGACCCCACAGGAGCGGCUGAAGCUACGAAUGCAGAAGGCGCUCAACAAGCAGUCCAAGGCGGAUAAAAAAGCUGCUCAGGUGAAGAUCCAGCAGCAGGAACACAAACGACAGGAGCGAGAGGGAGAAUUACGAGCCAUGGCACGCAAGAUACGCAUGAAGGAGCGUGAGCGCCGUGAGAAAGAGAGGGAUGAAUGGGAAAGACAGUAUGGGCGACAGAGCCACUCGCCCUCUCCUUCCAAAUAUGGCCGAGAGUGCAACUCAUACAGAAGGAGGUCACGGUCUCGAUCACGGAGUCCAUACUACAGAUACUGACCUGACAGGUGGAAAAUAUUAUUCUACAAUGCUUCAUCUUGUCACUGGCACACACGUACAGACCAAUAAAAAAAAAACAAAAACAAAGCUGUUGGAAGAAGAUGGGAACAGAGACCGGCAAAUGUACACCUGAACAAGUGUCUUCUCGGGUACUGUUUAUGUCUACGCAGUAUAAAACUUUGACCUGAUACCUUAGUUUUACUAAUCACACAGCUGAUUGGUUCAGCCAAGCUGAGUUUGAUCUGCCCUUUUUCAGUUUUGCUUCAUCUUGUAAAGGUCGUCUUAUUAAAUGAGUUUCUUCUCUUCUGCAUGCC